CUGUCUCUCUCUGUCUCUCUCUGUCUCUCUCUGUCUCUCUCUCUGUCAGUUCAGAUCAGUUCAGUCUCAGACCCGAGUCCAGACUCAGCCUCAGAUCCAGUCUGUUGAGUGUCUCGAUCAGACGUCCUGGUCUCCAUGGCUCUCUGCUCCUUCUCUCCUCUUCUCCUCCUCGUCGCUCUGUUGAUCUUUGGACUUGUUGCUCUGCUGCUGUUGACCGUCCCCACAGAGGACGUUCAGGACAGUCCGGGCUUUGCGUACGGGAUUGUUCUGGACGCCGGCUCCUCACACACAGCGCUGUAUAUUUACAGAUGGCCGUCAGACAAACACAACGGCACAGGCGUGGUGACGCAGCACAGUGAAUGUCAUGUUCAAGGUGGAGGAAUCUCCAGCUACACAGGUGAGCGUGGAGGAGCGGGGCGGAGCUUAGAGACGUGUCUGGACCAGGCGGUGAAGGACAUUCCUAAAGACAGACACCACCUGACACCAGUUUACCUGGGAGCGACAGCAGGGAUGAGACUCCUCAAUCUCUCCAGUCCACAACAGUCGGCUCGGAUUCUGCAGGAUGUGGAAGAGAAAAUGCAGUCGUACCCGUUUAGCUACAGAGGAGCCGCCGUGCUGAGCGGUCAGGAGGAGGGCGCGUACGGCUGGGUCACCGUCAACUAUCUGUUAGAGAACUUCAUAAAGUUUGGUUUUGUGGGUCGCUGGUUCAAGUCCAGCAGACCCACAGUGGGUGCGCUUGAUUUGGGCGGAGCGUCCACUCAGAUCACAUUUGCCACUCGGGAGGAGGAAGUGGAGGACAAAGUGGACAUGGUGAAGCUGCGUCUCUACGGUCAGGAGUUCUCUCUGUACACACACAGCUUCCUGUGCUACGGACGAGACCAGGUCCUCAUGAGACUCUUAGCUCAUUUAAUAAAGAGUCAGGAUUACUCAGAUUCAGUGGAUCACCCGUGUUACCCUGCAGGCCACAGUCGCGUUCUGACGUUCAGCAGCGUCUUCACGUCUCCGUGUACGACACAGUACCAGCCCAGCUCACUCAGCCGGCACAGUAGUGUGACGGUGAAGGGCAGCGGACGUUAUGAACUCUGUGAGGCCAACGUGUCCCAGAUCUUCUCUUUUGACAACUGUCCGUUCUCUCAAUGCUCCUUCGACCGAGUCUUUCAGCCAAACGUCAGAGGCAGCUUCAUGGCCUUCUCUGCGUUCUUCUACACUCACUCGUUCCUGCAGCGAAUCACCGGGAAACCUGUGAAAACUCUGUCACAACUGGAGGAAGCUGCAAAGACAGUUUGCACAAUGAGCUUCCAUCAAAUGUUGCUUCUCGCUCCGGGUGAGUCCAGACCUCGUCUCCAGGAUUAUUGCGCGUCCUCUGUCUUCAUGAAUGUCCUCAUGUCCAGAGGCUACGGCUUCGACGACGCGUCCUUUCCUCACAUUUCCUUCCAGAAAAAGGCGGCCGACACCUCGGUGGGUUGGGCUCUGGGUUACAUGCUGAGUCUGAGUAACCUGCUGCCCGCCGAGUCUGCGGGGGUCAGGAAGGCCUUGACCCUCGGCUCGUGGACCGCACUCGUCUCUCUCUGCUGCCUCCUGCUGGCUGCAGCUCUGCUCAUCAUUCUACUGCGAGCUUGUGACGGGAAGAUGAAGAAGAAGAAGAAGGAGAAGAAGGAGAAGAAGGAGAAGGAGAAUUAA